AUGGCAGACCAAGACCAACCCGCCUUCGUCGACAUCCGGCCGCUGCUCCAGCGCUUAUGGCCUGACCCAGCCAAGGAGAACGUAACGGCCAAGGAAAUCGCCGACGCCCUCUCCCUCAUCUUCGUCAACAAGAUCAGCCCAGUGCAGACCGGGUCGCUACUAACGGCUCUGCACUUCACCGGCUGGGACCGACGCGCCGACGUCCUCGCCGAGGCCUCCGCCGCCAUGCGCUCCCACGCGGCAAGCAUCGACUUCGCUGCUUUCGAGUCCGUUAUUGCGAAGCGCCGGAGGCCAGAGGGCAAGUAUAACGGUGGACUGUGCGACAUCGUCGGCACAGGCGGCGACUCCCACAACACCUUCAACAUAUCCACCACCUCCUCCAUCCUCGCCUCCUCGCUCCUCCUGCUCGCCAAGCACGGCAACCGCGCCUCGACCUCCAAAUCCGGGUCCGCCGACCUGCUCAUGAACAUGCAGCCCAAACCCGCACAGCUGAACCGCAUCACCCCCUCCACCAUCUCCACCGUCUACGGCGCGUCCAACUACGCCUUCCUCUUCGCCCCCGUCUUCCACCCGGGCAUGCGGCACGUCGCCCCCGUGCGCAAGGAGCUCGGCUGGCGCACCAUCUUCAACCUCCUCGGGCCCCUGAGCAACCCCCUCGGCUCCGCCAUCGAGGCGCGCAUGCUCGGCGUCGCGCGCACGGACCUAGGCCCCGUAUUCGCCGAGGCUUUGCGUCUCGCCGGCGCCAAAAAGGGUCUCGUCGUAUGCGGCAACGAGCAACUCGACGAGGUAUCCUGCGCAGGGCCGACGCAGUGCUGGCAGCUCGUCGAGCACGCUAACGGCAACAGCGUCGACGUCGAGCACUUCACCCUCGAGCCCGCGGACUUCGGGCUCAGCGCCCAUCCCCUCGACACCGUGUCCCCGGGGCGCGAGCCGCAAGAGAACGCCGAGAUCCUGCGGAAGCUGCUGCAGAACGAGCUUGCCCGAGACGACCCCAUCCUCGAGUUCGUGCUCAUGAACACGGCCGCUUUUUUGGUUGCCGCCGGCGUGUGCGAGGCCGACGAGAGCAGCAUGGGGCCCGGCGACGACGGGAACGUCGUCCGCGAGCGCGGGCCGGGAGGCGGGCGCUGGAAGGAGGGGGUUAGGAGGGCGCGGUGGACGGUCGAGAGCGGCGAGGCUUGGAGGCAGUGGAGUGCUUUUGCUGAGGUUACUAAUAGCUUGCCUGCUUGA